CGCGUCAGUGAUAACAUCGAUUUGUUGGUAAGUUGGUCGUUGUAUGUUUGUGGGGCGACGAUUUCGCGUAGGUAAACACCGAAUAUUAUAAUGUCAACAGAAUAAUAUCGUACGUAAUAUUAUUUUAUUUUUAUCUGUACACGUCCUCUCGGCCGCGGUGCGCCCGUUGUUAUCCGUCAGAACUGGUGUGCGCAAGUUCAUCGUAAAUAACGAUUAUUAUUAUCUGACAAGUGACAAUAUGUCGUCAUCGGUGACCGGCGGGUGUUUGUUGAUUAUUCACCGCCGUCUGAUAAUAAUAAUAUAAAACUCGCACUGUACGUACGCACGCCAGCGCCGCAGCUCUGUCCCCUCUCCAUCGUCGUCGCCGACGCCGCAAACUUUUGCCGACCGACGGUUAAUCAAGAAAGCUUCGAUACCUGCCGAGUACCGACCGCCGACACUCGCCCUGGCACUAUUGGCCGAGAUCGUAGACGUUCCACAAUAAUAAUAAUAAUAAUAAUAAUAUAACAUGGUUAACACAUUUUAUACAUGUGUAUAGAAAAAAAUUGUUAAAAAUGCUUUAACUUAAAACACUAUUACCUUCACCAUUGUAUUAAACGUGUUUGUGUAACCUUCAUGUUUAUUGACAAAAGCAUCUGCUUGUUACAAAUCAUGGGCAAUUGGACUAGUUGUUGCUCGUACAGCAGCCCUCUAUCAAGGCGCAAGGAUGCCAAUGGCGCUAUAAAUGAAUUUACGCCAGAGGGUGACGAGAGUGUUGGAAACUUACAACAUAUUAGUGAACGUGAGCAUGACGACUGGAACACUGAUCCAUCCGUUCAUCCAAAAGUAGCAACAAUAUUUUUGGAAAGAUCAAAAGUUGAAAAUGGUUUAACAAGAAAACAAAGUCAAUCUCAGAUUGUUGACUUCAGAUCUCUAAAAAAAAGUAGUUCAUGUUCUACUAUAUAUUUAGAUGAUAGUACAGUAUCUCAACCAAAUCUAAAAAACACGGUAAAAUGUGUAGCGCUUGCAAUCUACUAUCAUAUAAAAAAUAGAACUUCUGAAAGACAAAUUGAAAUUUUUGAUGAAAAAUUACAUCCCUUAACUAGAGAUAGAGUACCUGAUAAUUAUGAUGUUCAUAGUCCAGAACAUCGUCAUAUAUAUAAAUUUGUUCGAACAUUAUUUAAUGCUGCACAACUAACUGCUGAAUGUGCUAUUAUAACAUUAGUUUAUUUAGAAAGGUUAUUAACUUAUGCAGAAGUUGACAUAACACCUGCCAAUUGGAAGAGAAUUGUUCUUGGUGCAAUUUUAUUAGCAUCAAAAGUUUGGGAUGAUCAAGCUGUAUGGAAUGUAGAUUAUUGUCAAAUUCUUAAAGAUAUAACAGUAGAAGAUAUGAAUGAAUUAGAACGUCAAUUCCUUGAGAUGCUUCAAUUUAAUAUUAAUGUUCCAUCCAGUGUUUAUGCCAAAUAUUAUUUUGAUCUACGCUCAUUGGCUGAAGACAAUGAAUUGACAUUCCCUGCAGAACCAUUAAGUAAAGAACGAGCUAAAAAACUUGAAGCAAUGUCUAGAGUGUUUGAAGAUAAGAUAACAGCAGAAUUUUUAAAAAAUGGUUUAAAAAAAUGGUCUAGUCUAGAUAAUGUAAGCAGUACAACAGUUGCUCGUAAAAGUGUUGCUAUAUUAUCUUAAAAAUAAACUAAAUAUUUUUGCAUUUAUUUAACAAAUGUAACGUCACCAAUAUUGUGAUUGUUUUUAGGAUUAAUGUUUUAAGUUACUAUAGUUAUAAGACUUUUACUUUCUCCAUAUACUUUAAAUCUAGUAUUUUUAUUAACUUUUUUUUGAUCAUAUAGAUAUAUUUUAUUUGUUAGUAUAUAACUAUAAAUUAGAAAGAAGAUUAAAUUAGAUUUAUUGUUUAGUAUUUCUUCAAUGCUAAAUUAUUUUAAAUAAUCAAAAUUACCAAACAAUAUUGAAUUUAGUCAAAAACGUACCAUAUUAGGUUAAAAGUAAUUAAGCAAUAAAAUCGAAUAGCAUUUCAUUGCUUAAUUGCAUGCCAUAACAUAAGUUUAAGAUAAUUAUUCCAAGUGUUCAUUAAAAAUUUCAAUCAAGUUUUUGAAUUGUCUUUCAUUUCAUUUCAUUAGCUUAUAAAGUUAUUAAUAAACACUGGAAUUUUCUGUGUUGAGAAAAAAUGCUUUAUUACACACCAUAUAUUAUUUACUUAGUUAACUUACGCACUUUAAUCGUAAUAUAUUUCAUAUUAUUUAUUUUAUUUGUAGGAAUAAGAUAACAAUUUCAAUUUGUAUAAUAAAUGAGUCAGGUAACUGAUGUGUAGUUAAAACAUAUAUUUAUUGUAUGUAAAUGACUUAAUGUAUUUUUCUACUUUUACAUUUUUUCAGUUUAAAUUGGACUUCAGAAGACAUUUGCAUUUGUUAAUAGAUAUUUACCAUGCUCACUUUUGUAUGAUGAUUUUAAUUACAUAUUAUAUCAAAAUGUAUUAUUAUUUUAUUUUCAGAGAUAUUUUUUUAAUAAUAUUAUUAUGUGUAAAAUUACUAUAAAUUUAUGACUAUCAACAAUUAAUGACAAUUAUUAUUAUUUCAAAUAAUUUCUGUCUUCAUUGUUUGUACCAAAUGCAUUAAUUACAAUAAUUUAAAUUUAUUUUACAUUCCUUUUAAAUAUUUAUAGUUUUUUAUUUUAACUUGAUAUUUUAUUGUUUUAUUUAUUGUUAGUUACAAUAUCAUGAAACAUACCUAUAAUUAUAAUAUUUAUUAUUUUAUUUUAUUCUGUAGAAUAUGAUUAGUUGUGUUUUAUUUAUAUUGCAGUGGUUAAUAAAAGUAAUAACAGAAAUUUAAAAUUUUUGAAUUUAUUUUAAUAAACUUAAUUUUUUUAAUGAAUCAACGAAUUGCAAAAAAAAAAUGAAAUAUUUGUUAUUAUAUCAUAUUUAUACAUUAGAUUUGAUCAAUUCAUUUGAUAAAUGUUAAAAACAAGUCAAAAAAUCUAAUUUUUCGUAAAUAAUUUUUUUAUGAGUUCUACGUGCUAAUACAAAUAACUGAUACCAAAACGUACCCCUAAAUAUUGGUUGUUACAAUUAUAAGGUGUCAUUAUAAUGAUGAAAUUUUGAAAAGUGAUUUACAAAUGUGUUUUUCUAAGCAAAAAAAACUUAUAGAAUAUUACCCAAUACAGUCUAAUCUAUAUAUAUAUAUUAUAUACUGUUGGUAAAGCUUAGAAUUUGAUAAUUUACUUGAUCUUUAUUAAUGAAUGCUAUUCACUUAAUGUAAAUUAAAAUGGUGCGAUUUUUUUUUUUUUUUGUAAUAUUUUGUUUUAAUUUUAUAUACUCUAGUGAGAGAAUGCGCGCGCCGCAGACUGACCAAAAUCAGUUUUUCUGCUUAUUCUCAAAUGAUACCUAGCUAUAAGCAAACCAGUUUUGAUAGCAUGGUGACAUGGGCGGUUGUGCAGAAUUGGCUCUCACUGAACAGAGUAUAGUUAUUUUUUGUAACAAUAAUAAUUUCGUAGUGAACUAUAUCAUAUAAAUACAACUAAUUUUAUGGUUAUAUUAACUAUUUUUCAUUAACGUUGAAUGUUAUUACUUAUUUAAAUUAAACCCAAAUUAUA